AUGUCGUGGAUCUACGGCUCGAGCGGAGGCACGGGCUUCUGGGACGAGCAGUGCAAGAGCGAACGACGAAUCAAAGAGAAGUGGGCCGCCACCUACGGCGUGGACCUCAAGGCGAAGAAGGAGGCCGAGGUCGAAGCCGAGAAGGCCGAGCUCGCCAAGGCCGAGGCGGAGCGCCUGGCGCGGGAGGCGGCGAACAAGCCCAACGACUGGAGGUCGCGGCCGAAGCCCUGGGAGGUGAAGGGGCCGGGGACGUGGAAGACGGUGAUCAAACCCACGGGGAUGACGCGCACGUGGGUGCCGACGACGGCGAAGAAGCCGCCCCCCGGCGUGGGAAUCUGA